UCGUAAAAUCGCUUUCGGAACAACAAUCACAAGACGAAUUUAUGAAAAGUUUGUUGGAUAAAACUACUGAUCAAAAUUAUUGCACGCCCUCAGGUAUCAUAAGUGAUGCUUGUUGCGAAUAUGAGACGGUCGAGAAAAUCAACAAUGAUUUAUCUCCACGAUUACGCGAAUUGAUUGAAUCAGACUUUUUCAAAUAUUAUAAGCUAAAACUAUAUAAAGAAUGUCCAUUUUGGUCAGAAUAUGGACAAUGUAUAAAUCAAGCAUGUGCAGUUGAAACAACCGACGAAGCAUGUAUUUGUAAACAUUCAACUGAUGUACCCGAAAUGUGGCGUAGUAAUGUUCUUGGCGCAUUACAAACUUCACAAGCUGGCACACAUUUCCAUCCAUUUAUUAAAUGUGAAUACACUGAUCAAGAUUUUUGUGUCGUUGAAGACGAAACAGAUUCUGAAGGCGUGUUUGUUAACCUUCUUGAUAAUCCCGAACGUUUUACCGGUUACGCUGGAACGUCAUCUGGUCGCGUUUGGAAAUCUAUUUAUGAGGAAAAUUGUUUUAAUGUUGUUUCUCGUAUGGAUCCUACAAAUAAUAAUAAUUUUGUUCCAGCUCCGACUAGUAAAAAUCAAUUAGUCGAGGAUGUGACACAAAAAAGUGACACGACAGAUAAUGAAGUUUGUUUCGAAAAACGAGUAUAUUAUCGUUUGAUAUCCGGUUUACAUUCCUCAAUUUCUAUUCAUAUUUGUGAUGAAUUCUUAAAUCAAACCACUGGUCAAUGGGGACCAAAUCUUGAAUGUUUCAUCAAGCGCAUUGGCUCACAUCCGGAACGUCUUCAAAAUGUAUAUUUUAGUUAUGUAGUACUUCUGAGAGCUAUGUCAAAAGCCGCAGAUUAUCUAAAUGGUUAUGAGUUCUGUACUGGUGACAAAAUUCAAGAUUUACAAGUAAAAGCAAUGGUUGGUGGACUUGUAAAUAAAGCAAGAUCAUGUCCAGAGACAUUUGAUGAAAAACAAAUGUUUGCUUCUCCCGAGUCACGGUCAUUAAAAGAGGAAUUCAAAACUAGAUUUAGGAAUGUGUCGCGUAUAAUGGAUUGUGUUGGAUGUGAUAAAUGUCGAUUAUGGGGUAAAUUACAAAUUUCCGGACUCGGAACCGCAUUAAAAGUUCUAUUUUCUUAUGAUGACGAAUUUUUCAAGUAA